ACUCCCAUCAUCCUCACCACCAUGAGCUUUUUCACUCGCGCUCUGCCCAUCGGGUCUCGUUCUCUAUCUAUCGCACGUCCAUCCUUAAUUCAAGCGAGAUUCGAGAGCACAGCUGCAGUGAAACGCCAACCAAGAGUCUUGCCUUCGUUCUCUCUCGACGGAAAGGUCUGCCUCGUUACUGGUGCUGCUCGUGGUCUAGGCAAUGAGUUCUGCCGUGCAUUCAUCCAAUCAGGAUGUUCAUCAUUGGCCAUCCUGGACCUGAAGGAAAGUGAAGCUCAAGUUGCGGCCGCGGAGCUGGUGGCAGCCGCGUGCGUUAACAGCGACUUGAAGCCAGAAGACCUUAAUGUCAUUGGCCUAGGAUGUGAUGUUUCUUCGGAACUCUCUGUACAGAAAGCCUUUGAAUCAGUUAUGGACAAUUUCGGGAGGAUUGAUUCUGUUGUUGCCUCUGCUGGUAUCGUGGAGAACUAUUCCGCUUUCGAUUACCCCUUCGACCGGAUAAAGCGUUUGUAUGACAUCAAUGUCCACGGAGCAUUUUUUACUGCUCGGGAAGCAGCACGGAACAUGAUACCCCAAGGCGGUGGAAGCAUCACGCUUGUCUCCAGUAUGAGUGCUAGUGUAGUGAAUAUUCCCCAGCCGCAAACCCCCUACAAUGCUUCCAAGGCCGCUGUUCGACACAUGGCAUCUAGUCUUGGUGUGGAGUGGGCCAAAAAGGGUGUUCGUGUGAACACAUUGAGUCCCGGUUACAUGUUAACCAAGCUUACCAAAACUAUUUUGGCGCAUGACCAAGAUCUCAAGAAAACAUGGGAGAGUUUGACUCCAAUGGGCAAGAUGGGUGAACCCGAGGACUUGGCUGGCGCCAUUGUUUUCUUGGCCAGUGAUGCUUCUCGGUUCAUGACUGGUGCAGAAAUACGUGUGGAUGGGGGCUACUGCGUGAUCUAAUGGGAUCUAUAUGGCUGGAUUUUUUAUCUACAAAUUACUAGAAUAUAGAGAUAACUUAGGGUGAGGGUACUAUGUUGACAAGAUUUAUUUAGGGGACCCUGUUGUUGUUUUUAGGGUUUAACUUGUGCAUGUUAUUAUUAUCUUGCUUUCCUCUGCAUCUAUUGUGUUCGUAUUCGCUCCAAGGAGUCUUCUACGCUAUUCCAGCAUUGCCGCAAGGGCUUGAAUAUAAAUGUGGGACAGUGGGGAUGACAUGGCGCGGCAGGACCCCGGAUAGUUCCUAGGGAACCCAGAUUGCCAGAAUGUUGGUGGUGUCCAGACAAUUUUCAAACCUUGCAAGUGUAAAUCUGUCUGGACCAGACUCUGGGUUCAGCAGGUUUGCUUGAAGUCCAGAAAUUUGUCCGGAUGCACGAUCUGGGUUCAAAAAAAUCUCAUAAAAAUUGCUUUUGAACAUGUAAAAAAAAGCUGUUGCGAGCAUUUAUUUGUAUAGUAAAACCCUAAUUAUCAUUGUCGACCACUUCUGGCUGACUAGCAUCUCCU